CACAGUGGUGUUGUGCACGGUGGACGCUGCAGCGAUGCUGCAUUGCACAUUGCUGCUGUGUUUGGUGGGUGCUGCGUUGGUGCUGCAUUGCACCGUGAUGCUGUGCAUGGUGCGUGCUGCAGCAGUGCUGCAUAUUGGCACGGUGGUAGAAUGCAUGCUGGGCGCAGCAACGGUGCUGCAUUGCACAGUGGUGUUGUGCACGCUGGGUGCUGCAGCAGUGCUGCAUUUCAUGGUGGCAGUUUGCAUGCUGGGUGCUGCAGCGGUGCUGCAUUGCACAUUGCUGCUGUGCGUGGUGGGUGCUGCAGCAGUGCUGCGUCUUGGCACGGUGGUGCNUUGCAUGCUGGGCGCUGCAGUGGUGCUGCAUUGUAUGGUGAUGGUCUGUAUGCUGGGUGCAGCAGCGAUGCUCCAUUGCACAGUGGUGUUGUGCAUGGUGGGUGCUGCAGCGGUGCUGCAUUGCACGUUGCUGCUGUGCAUGGUGGGUGCUGCGUUGGUGCUGCAUUGCACAGUGGUGUUGUGCAUGCUCGGUGCAGCAGCGAUGCUGCAUUGCACAGUGGUGUUGUGCAUACUGGGUGCUGCAGCGGUGCUGCAUUGCACAGUGGCAGUUUGCAUUCUGGGCGCUGCAGUGGUGCUGCAUUGCACAGUGGUGGUGUGCAUGGUGGGUGCUGCAGCGGUGCUGCAUUGCACAUUGCUGCUGUGUGUUGUGGGUGCUGCGUUGGUGCUGCAUUGCACAGCGGUGUUGUGCAUACUGGGUGCAGCAGCGGUGCUGCAUUGCAUGGUAGCAGUUUGCAUUCUGGGCGCUGCAGUGGUGCUGCAUUGCACAGUGGUGUUGUGCAUGGUGAGUGCUGCAGCGGUGCUGCAUUUCAUGGUGGCAGUUUGCAUUCUGGGCGCUGCAGUGGUGCUGCAUUGCACAUUGCUGCUGUGCAUGGUGGGUGCUGCGUUGGUGGUGCAUUGCACAGUGGCGUUGUGCAUGCCGGGUGCUGCAUUGGUGCUGCAUUGCACAGUGGUGUUCUGCAUGCUGGGUGCUGCAGCGAUGCUGCAUUGCACGGUGGCAAUUUGCAUUCUGGGCGCUGCAGUGGUGCUGCAUUGCACAUUGCUGCUGUGCACGGUGGGUGCUGCGUUGGUGCUGCAUUGCACAGUGGUGCUGUGCAUGCUCGGUGCAGCAGCGGUGCUGCAUUGCACAGCGGUGUUGUGCAUGCAAGGCGCUGCAGCAGUGGUGCUGCAUUGCACGGGGGUGGCCUGCAUGCUGCACCCCACGGUGGCGUUGCACGUUUGCACG